AGAAUCCGUUGUUUGGCGUCUUGCAUCACGAGUCCGUACAUACGAGUCCAGAAGCGGCGGAAGAGGCAUGAUUUUUCGAACACAGGCUAUUAUUUCACCGCAUAUAGACAGAUAUACGCAAGACUAGUUUACACACGACCAGGUUUAGACGCUUUUACCUCAUUUUCAAACGCAUUCUGCUCACUUUCUUCAAUAUAGACGCAUCUGUUAGCUUUAGCCAGUUAGCUUGUAGCUGGAAAUUGGGCAAGUAUGAUCAGCCUGGCAGUGGAUUAAUCGCUGAGAUUGGCCUAUUCCAAAAGAAGAUUCAUUUUUCGUAUGUGAAACCGCAAUGUCACAAACUUUAGUAAAGAUAAUCUUCUGUUUUUGUUAUUCUAAAGGCAAAGUCGUCUGAAGUUGAUGUAGGUUUUGCAGUGCUGAACAAAAAUCCAGGAAAGCUGGAGAUCAUAGCCAGGAAAUCUGUUCAGGAGACCAGACUAAAGACCUUUCUACCUUCAAACUGAUCAGUUUAGACCUAAUCGAGACCGAACAAAGAGAACAUCAAUCCAAAGCUUUUUCAUAUCAUCUACAGAGGAAGAAUAAAGCACAAAAACAGGCUGAUAUGAUGUUUCCACAAGCCAGGCACUCGGCUUCGUCUCAAUCAGCACAGCCGCUCAAAUUCACCACAUCAGACUCCUGUGAUCGCAUCAAAGACGAGUUUCAGUUCCUGCAGGCACAAUAUCACAGUCUGAAGAUGGAAUGUGAUAAACUGGCGAGUGAGAAAUCUGAAAUGCAGCGUCAUUACAUAAUGUACUAUGAGAUGUCAUAUGGACUCAACAUUGAAAUGCACAAACAGGCGGAGAUUGUGAAGAGAUUGAACGGAAUCUGUGCUCAGGUGUUGCCCUACCUGUCUCAAGAGCACCAGCAGCAGGUCCUGGGGGCGAUUGAGCGAGCCAAACAGGUCACUCCUCCUGAGAUGAACUCAAUUAUUCGGCAGCAGCUUCAGGUUCACCAGCUCUCUCAGCUUCAGGGUUUGGCGUUACCCAUGAACCAUCUGCCCCUGGGCUUGACUCAGCCCUCCCUGCCCGCCGUCACCUCCAGCUCUGGCCUCCUGUCGCUGUCCAGCAUCCUCGCGUCACACGCGCACAUGGCCAAGGAGGACAAGAGCUCUCGCGACGGGGCCGACGGUCACCGCGAGGAUGAUGCAGACAAAUCCGACUAGCCUUCGUAGAGAUGGUUUGAUUCUGUCUCAUGAGUUCUGUAAAGAGGGGCGGAGCUCAGAAAGAGACGAGGAGAGAUCGCCGAAACCUUCCUUUUCCUCUCUUCACACCUGUCUCAUUGGAUUGGGUCUGAUUCAAUCUCUAUCUCUAUCUCUCUCUCUCUCUCUCUCUCUCUCUCUC